AGCUUCCAACAAAGGAUUCCAUUGCUGUAGGAACUGAGGUGUGUCUCGGCUUUUACCUGGGAGGCAGUGAUGCAAGCGUUUCUGCUGAGACCAAUCCUUGGCUUGGGGUGGGGAGCAACAGACUAACAGGCCACCAGGAGAGUCCCAGAGCAGACAGCAGAGCCACCACUACCAGAAAGGGUGCUUCAGACAUCAGCUACAGAUACCCGGGUGAGCAGCUGCAGCGAGGGGCUUGGAUUUGUUCACCAGGGACACCGGCGACAAUGACCUGCCUCUUCCCCAGAGCCCUGGGGCCUCUGGCCCUCCUGAUGGUGGUGCUGCUGGUGCAUGGGGAGCUGCAGGCAGAGCCGGGAGAACAGCCCAGUGAAGACAGGACAGCGGUGCAACAGGCCAAAAGAAGGUACAAACGAGAAUGGGUAAAAUUCGCCAAGCCCUGCAGAGAAAGAGAAGACAACUCAAAAAGAAACCCAAUUGCCAAGAUCACUUCAGAUUUCCAAGCAACCCAGAAAAUUACCUACCGAAUUUCUGGGGUGGGAAUUGAUCAGCCCCCUUUUGGGAUCUUUGUCGUUGACCCAAACAAUGGUGAUAUUAACAUAACGGCCAUAGUUGAUCGUGAGGAAACCCCGAGCUUCCUGAUCACAUGCCGAGCUCUAAAUGCCCUGGGACAAGAUGUAGAGAGACCACUCAUAUUAACAGUGAAAAUUUUAGAUGUCAACGACAAUGCUCCCAUAUUUUCACAAACCAUAUUCAAUGGUGAAAUUGAAGAAAAUAGUGCUUCAAAUUCACUGGUAAUGAUCCUAAAUGCCACAGACGCAGAUGAGCCAAACCAUAUGAACUCUAAAAUUGCCUUCAAAAUCGUCUCCCAGGAGCCUGCAGGCAUGCCCAUGUUCCUCAUCAGCCGAAACACUGGAGAAGUCCGCACUUUGACCAGUUCUCUUGAUCGAGAGCAAAUCAGCAGCUACCGUCUGGUGGUGAGUGGCGCAGACAAUGAUGGAGCGGGACUAUCAAGUCAAUGUGAAUGCAGUAUUAAAGUGAAAGAUGUCAAUGACAACUUCCCGGUGCUUAGAGACUCUCAGUAUUCGGCACGUAUUGAGGAAAAUACUUUAAAUUCUGAGUUACUCCGGUUUCAAGUGACAGACUGGGAUGAAGAAUACACGGAUAACUGGCUGGCUGUGUACUUCUUUACCUCUGGAAAUGAGGGGAAUUGGUUUGAAAUUGAAACAGAUCCCAGAACCAAUGAAGGCAUCCUGAAGGUGGUUAAGGCUCUGGAUUAUGAGCAAAUGCAAAGCAUGCAAUUUAGUAUUGCUGUCAGAAACAAAGCUGAGUUCCACCAGUCAGUGAUCUCCCAGUACCAAGUUCGGCCGACUCCAGUCAUAAUCCAAGUCACCAAUGUCCAAGAAGGAAUCUCAUUCCGUCCUCCCUCCAAGACAUUUACUGUGCCAAGGGGCGUAAGCACUAACAAACUGGCUGGUUAUAUCCUGGGAACAUAUCAAGCUACUGAUGAGGACACUGGUAAAGCUGCCUCCUCUGUCAGAUAUGUCCUGGGUCGUAAUGAUGGUGGUCUGCUUGUGAUUGAUUCAAAAACUGCUGAGAUCAAAUUUGUCAAAAACAUCGACCGAGAUUCUACUUUCAUAGUUAACAAGACAAUCUCAGCUGAGAUUUUGGCCAUAGAUGAAAACACUGGUAAGACAUCUACAGGCACAGUGCUUGUGGAAGUGCCCAGUUUUAGUGAAAACUGUCCAUCAGUUGUCCUCGAGAAGGAAGAGAUCUGCAGCUCCUCACCGUCUGUGCUCGUCUCGGUGAGGACCCUGGAGAGGGGCAGAUACACCGGCCCCUACACAGUGUCGCUGGAGGAGCAGCCCCUGAAACUGCCCGUCAUGUGGAACAUCAGAACGGUGAACGCUACCUCAGCGCGUCUACAAGCCCAACAGCAGUUGUCUCCAGGAGUGUACAGUGUCCCAGUCAUCGUGAAGGACAAUGAAGGCGGGCAGUGUGACACACCAGAGAUCCUGACUCUGACCGUGUGUCAGUGUGAUGACCGGAACCUGUGCAGAUCUCCUAACCCGAGCAGAGAACCCAUUUUAUACAGGGAGUCAUCCUGGGGGCUGGGGCCUGCUGCCAUCGGAUUGAUCCUGCUAGGACUCCUGAUGUUGCUGUUGGCCCCGCUGCUGCUGCUGACCUGUGACUGUGGGGCGGGUCCCAUCGGAGGAGGAGCCGCCACAGGUGGCUUUAUCCCUGUGCCUGACGGUUCAGAAGGAACCAUCCACCAGUGGGGAAUCGAAGGAGCCCAGCCUGAAGACAAGGAAAUCACAAAUAUUUGUGUGCCUCCUACCACAACCAAUGGAGCAGAUUUUAUGGAAAGUUCUGAAGUUUGUACGAACACAUACGCCGGCGGGACUGUGGCGGAAGGCGCUUCUGGGAUGGAGAUGACGACCAAGCUGGGAGCAGCUACUGGCUCAGGCGCUGCAGCCGCGCUCGGCCCCUGCUCCUUGGGUCAUUCAGGGACGAUGAGAACGAGGCACUCCACUGGAGGGACCUUGAAGGACUUUGUCGCUGCACCAGUGAACAUGACUUUCCUAGGUUCCUACUUUUCUCAGAAAUCAUUCGCCUAUGCCGAGGAAGAGGAUGAACGGGAAGUGAAUGACUGUUUGCUGAUCUACGAUGAUGAAGGCGAGGAUGCUGCCCCCUGUUCGCCUACACUCAGCUCCUGCAGCUUUAUUGCCGAUGACCUGGAUGACAGCUUCUUGGAUUCUCUUGGCCCCAAAUUUAAAAAGCUUGCAGAGAUAUGUCUCGGUAUUGAUGAUGAAGCCAAGCAGGCAAAGCCAGGCCCUAAAGACAGGGCUUCUGGGGCAGACGUCUGUGCUCGCUCUACCGAAGUCCCUCAGUCAGGUUCUAGCAGGUACCAAACUGUACCUGGUAGUGUGGAGGUCCCUCAAUCAGGUUCUAGCAGGUACCAGACUCUGCCUGGCAGUCUGGAGGUCCCUCAAUCGGGUUCUCAAAGGUACCAGACUCUGCCUGGCAGUCUGGAGGUCCCUCAGUCAGGUUCUAGCAGGUACCAAACUCUGCCUGGCAGUCUGCAGGUCCCUCAAUCAGGUUCUAGCAGGCACCAAACUCUGUCUGGCAGUCUGGAGAUUCCUCAGUCAGGUUCUCAAAGGUACCAGACUUUGCCUGGCAGUCAAGUUUCUUCUGUUUUGUCCCCUUCCGGGUCUGUCCUCCCUGCCAUUGCCAUCCCUGACCCUCUACAGCUUGGUAACUACUUGCUCACAGAAACUCACGCAACUUCAGGCUCCUUUGUGCAGCCUGCUGCUGCCACCUUUGACCCACAUCUCACCCAGAACGUGACGGUAACAGAAAGGGUGAUCUGCCCCCUUCCGAGUGUCUCGGGCAGCCUAGUGGCUCCCACGGAGCUGCGAGGCUCCUACAGUAUGCUCUAUACAAAAGAAACCUGUUCCCAUCUAUGACCUGAGAAAACUGGAAAAACAUAGCAACCAAAUUUGGAUAUUUCUACCCAAAUAUCUUUUUUUUAAUCUAGCAAAGCUCAUGCAUGGUGUUGAACUAACUUGGCUCUUACUGGAUAAUUUCUGAUCAGGAUUAUAACUCAAAUACUUGGAUUCAUAUACCAAAGCUGGGUAUGCUGUCAUUUCUAAUUCUCUAAUUUUUUUCAAGCAGAAGUAAACCUGUAUAUCUACAAAAAAAAUGACCUUAAGAUAUUAGAUAGGGAGGGUUCCUAAGCAUCUUUAAAUUCUGUACUAUCAAUGCCAAAGGAAGACACUAUCGCCUUAAAAUGCAGUGUGGGUUAGGAGAUUGGCUUCCUUCUUGGAGUUCAGGUUUCUGUCUCUGUCACCUUUUCUGGUGCCAUUAGUAAGGAUAUGAGAGUAUUAUUAAUGACAAUGGUAAUUUGAGGUGCAUGAUGAAGAUUUUUAGGGCAGCUUGGAACAAAGGUAAUGGAUGCAGCUGAGUGUUUCUGUCUUCUUGGUGAGAGAACUCAAAGCGUAUCUUUUGCUCAAGCUCAGGGCCGUGGGUGAACAUGUUUAAAUUGUCACAUCUAUAUUCUUUGUAUAUUCACAAUAAGACAGUUUUAAAGUACAAAUAGCAUAGAACAUGUAAGAAAGUUUAGUGUGGUGUAAAUAAUAUUCCGUGUGUAUUUUGAGCUAGCCCAAGAAAAGGCAAUUUCAGACAGAAACAUGAGCUCCCUCCAGACACCCCUUAGAAGUGUCUGACCCUGUGUCAGUCUUUCAAAGAGAAGUCCUUAUUGUGAGUUCCAGUGAGAAGGAUUGACUCACAGAAGAUCUGCAGGGAGGUUUGUUACGGUAACGACGUCGAGCAGGGUUUGUGGGAAUAGAAAGCAUGACUUCUAAGCAAAAGGGGCUGUAAAUUAAAAUAGCAUGUAGUGAAAUGUGUGAAUGUGUAUCAUUUUAGGAAAGCAAAGAAAACAUUUUCAAGUGAAAAAGAGAAUUGAACAGCUGUAGCAAUUUAAUGCUGAGUGUGAGGAUGUUAUGUGAGUGAAUAUUCAGAGCAGUGGUUCUCAGCCUUCCUAAUGCUGCGACCCUUUACUGCAGUUCCUCCUGUUGUGGCGACCCCCAACU